CACGACCUCAGGGUAGGUUUGUCGCGAGAUAUGUAAUCACGCAUGCGCGACCCGCGAGCGAAAGUAUUUAAAGAGGUGGACGCGUCUUCGGAAAGGCCACUCUUCCCCGAACUGUCACGAAUCGCGCAAGUCCCCCACUUUCCUCCCCCUUCCGAGGCAAACGAGCACGCACUCCCAUCGAGAGCGGGAAGAUCGGCUCUUUUAGCCUCUUCUUGCUUCCCCCCUUUUGCCAAUUGCCUUUACCCUGCCAAUACUCCCCCCUCUUUAGGAUCAUUCGUCCUCCGCAAUUCCCCACCCCGAAGAUCGUUGGUGUGACACCGGUUCACUUAACAGACCUACCUGCCCUGUCUUCGCAGAUUCGUUUCGGUGCCGUCAAACGUGCAAGACCCGUGACAGGAAAGAAGAGAUCGUCGAGCUGACAACCGACCUUUUUUCUGGGAUCAAGCGAGCAUACACGAGACCAUGCAUAGAUCAUUUAUUCGAAACGAAACUAAUCUUCGAUCGACAAUGGAUUAAAGACUAACAUUCGGGUAGCACGCUUCCUGACGCAGUAAACGAGAUGCUCGUUUGAUUAUUCGGUUGGAGAUAGAAGAAUCGAAAGGUUUGACAGUGUUUCUUAGAAGAGGCAUCGCGUUUCGAAUGGAUUGAUCCAGAAUACCCACGUACGAGAGAUCUUCGUGUUUUCGAUUAAGGAUCGAGGGACGUUUGUACAUUUGUUAUCUUCCGUGAGAAUCAGAUCGCGUAAAGAUGGACGAGGGGGAUGUUCAACAAGAAUCGAGGGACAAAGUAGGGAGUUUGAUCUUUUCGCCGCCACCUAUGAAGAAGUCUGACACGAGAGAUAGUAUUUCUUCCGUUGAUAGCGACGUGAGCCUCUCCUUCGACCGAAGAGGCUCGAAAGGGGAGGAAGCUGACAUGUCGGACAGUGGAAGCUCCGAUAAUGAAAAGAAAUCGAAGAACGGAACGAAAGGGCAGAAAAGUUCUGAUCCAGAUUCGGGAGCAGACUCGAUGGAGGAUACCGGUCACAACGCGACGAAAGAUGAGAAUCAAGAAACACCGACCGAAGUGACCACGAUCGACCAGUCGAACGACUUUGUUCCUCCGAAUGACGAAUUAGCUGAGAAGAUAUGUGAUCAAGUCGAAUUCUACUUCUCCGACGAAAAUAUCGUUAAGGAUGCAUUCUUAUUGAAACACGUGAAGAGGAACAAGGAAGGAUACGUAUCUUUGAAACUGAUCUCGAGCUUCAAGAGGGUGAAACACCUCAGCAGGGACUGGAGGGUGGUUGGCGCUGCAUUAACGAAAUCGAAGAAACUACAAGUGAACCCUCAGGGUACCAAAUUACGUAGGCUCGAUCCCCUGCCACCUUUCGACCAGACCACUCCUUCUAGAACGAUUCUGGCUGCGAGACUUCCCAUUAAGAAAUUGUCGGUCGAAUCUGUGGCGGAGAUUUUUCGACCGUGCGGGGAGAUCGCUCUUAUCAGAGUGCUUCGACCUGGCCAUCCUGCACCAGCUGAGGUAAUUAUCCUUUGCUUCAAUUUUUAACACAUCUACAGUGGG